AGCAGGUUCUGUCUCACUGCAUCCUGUCCUGCUGCAGCUGCUUCUCUCUCUCUCUCUCUCUCUCUCUCUCACUCACUCACUCACUCUUUUUCUCGCACGCUCAGUCCACUCAGUCUAUUCUGUUCAUCAAAGGUGCCUCAGAGUCUUUCUGCCUGCCUGCGUUAUCCCCUCUCUCUCAUUCUCAUCCUCCCUCACUAUUUACACACUUACGCACACACGCAACUAUACACACACACAGACACACACACACACACACACAAACACAUAUUCACAAAGAGAACCCUCCACACUCUGUCUGCUUCAUCAGGCCUGACCAGUGUCCAGCAUCUGCUCCGCACGCAGCAUCCAGGAUGGAUGUACUAAUGAAGGGAUUUUCCAUGGCCAAGGAGGGAGUGGUGGCCGCUGCUGAAAAGACCAAGGCUGGGGUGGAGGAGGCAGCUCUGAAGACCAAAGAGGGGGUCAUGUAUGUGGGCAAUAAGACAAUGGAGGGAGUUGUAUCAGGCGUCAACACAGUGGCGAACAGGACCACAGAUCAGGCAAACAUAGUGGGUGAUACAGCAGUGGCAAGUGCUAAUGACAUGGGCCAGAAGACGGUGGAGGGAGUAGAGAACGUGGCUGCAUCAACUGGCCUGGUCAAUCCGGACGAGUCUGUAUAUGAGGCUGACUUCUCCCACGGCGGCAUGGAGGGUGGAGAUGGUGGGCAGGGCUAUUAGGCCGGAGCCUGGAACCUCUCUCCAUCCUCAGACUGUCCUCCCUCAGAGACCCCGCUCCUAUUGCCUCACGCCACACUUCAGAUAUUUUUGUGACAGUAUGGAACAACCAAAACAGAAACAGACUUUCCCAGGCCUUCAUGCCCGUGUUGUUUGCUUUGUGUCUAGCGCUCCCCUCUCCCCACUGCUCCAGUGUUGGUGUCAUCAUGCUGCUGUCCUAGUGUUGUCACCCCAGCCUCUUCACUAAAACACGUCAGUACACACACACACACACAAACACACACAUUACACUGAACAAACACACACACACACACACACACACACACACACACACACACACACACACACACACACACCACACACACACACGUUACACUGAACAAAGAAGAGACAGAAGAAGUUUGAGACUGUGGCUUGGACCAAGGAUGGAAGAUACCUGUCAAUACAUUUCAUUCCAUUAGGACAGGUGGCGACGAGUGUUGGGCCACCUCCUUAUUUGAACAUUGUUGUCUUUGAUGUUGCAGUGUGCAGUAAUGAGGUGUGUGUACCCUCAGAUAUAUUACAUUCCUUUAGCCUAGAAUGAGUGACAGAACUGGAAUUACUGUGUUCUUUAUCACUAACAGACUUAGAGUGACGUGUUCAGAGAAUUCUUUAAGUUCACACUGUAUACAUAUCUCCUGGUAAAGAAAAGAUAAACCUAUCCAGUCAGUCUUGCACUGAUUCUUUUGCUUGUCCUUGUACAGUUAUGAUGAGGCAAAAGUUGAUCAACAAGGGUCAUUUUUUCAAAAGAAGCAAUAUCUUCGAUGGUUUCUUCUAUUUGUGUCUGAAGUAGACAAAAACAGAGCUGGUUAAAGAGGGAAAUUAUCCCGUUCUGUUGUCUUUAUUUUUGUUGCAAUGCAUGUCGUGCAUUUGGUGUGCCAGCAUAACAGAGAUUUAUAAUGCCUGCAACAUUAAGCAAUAGCCCUACCAUUGCAGUGUGUGGCAAUGGUUCGUUCUGUAGCAAUUUGCAGAUGAGUUUCUAGCACUGUGUUUUACUCAUAGAAUGUGAAGAAGUGCUGAUAUUUGCCAAUACAAAGAAUGUCCUAACCAUCUAUUGACCUGUUAAUUCGCCUCACACUUCAACUGAAUCCCCUUCUUCAACCUUUCACUCUGCCGUGUCCCACCCCACCCUUCACUCUGAAGCCACUGGGAAUUGAAGACUGCAUGUUGCCUUAUCAGCACUCCAGCAUACUCACAAUUACACACACACACACAUUUCUCGGACAUAUACGAACACACAUACGAAUUCAGAAGUUCUACUCACACUUUCAUUGCCUAAGAUACACACAUACAUGCAAACACAUAAGUACAACCACAAGCAGAUACACAGAUGUGCCCCCAAACCAAUUAAGUUGGCAUCAAAGCAGAAAAGCUGGUUUUAUAAACAGUAAAAAUGAAAUAAAGUUUUGUUGAAAUCUA